AUGGACGUUGAUUCAGAUGAUAAAAGAGAUCUUGAACCAACACCAACAUUAAGUGAGGUUGUUCAUUUCCAAAUGUCUCAGGUGUUGACCGUGAUAUUGCUAGUAUUAGUGAGUUCAAUUGCAAACUAUGGAUACUUGAAUACUUUGAAACAUGAAUUCCCCUCUAUUGAUAUUUUGCCAGUAUUGGUUAAUCAAAAUGAUGAUCGGGUGGUUCUUAACACCAAAUUGAAGAACCAAUUAGAACUGUUCUUUCUAAACGAAGAACAAGCCUUACGUGAGAAUCUCCCUCUGUUAACUUUAACAAUUGUCCCCACAAUUGAAUGGUCUCCUGAUAAGAUCCUGGUCGUAUACCAAGAAGCAACGAAGAACGUCAUUCUGAAACAGUUAAUCCACUCCAAUUCAUCAAUGGAAUACUUUACCUUUUCCCGAGUCCUUGAAGAGGGAAGCAUGUAUCAUUUCGCACCCUCCAUUGAACCCAACGCUGCAGCAUUCAUCAAUGAAUACAUAUUCUCACUACUGCAAUCCACAGAGAUCCCAGAGUCCUUGAAGGGACUUGGGAGCUGGCCCAAAUACAUUUACAUUGUUAAAAUUUGUUUCCUAGGGAUUCAAAUAAGUGAAUGGAUGUUGAUUAUUUCUACUAUGAUUUCAUAUGUUAUUCAUUAUCAUCAUAAGAUGGUUUACUUAACCUUCUCUAUGACUUUGAUCUCAUGUUUCACAUUAAUGGUCUUUGUAUUGACCCUUAUCAUCACUGCUUCCUUACACAAUGAGCCUGUAUUUAUUGAAUAUAAUCUCCUUCAAUAUCUCGUUGGUGUGUUGGAACUUGUAAUAGGAGGAACUGUUAUGACGCUAUGCUACGUGAAAUCCAGAAUGGUUUACACAUUCUAUCGGAACAAAGUCAAUGGGAGGGGUGUCUAUGACGAAGAGGAUAAACAAGUUAACGAGGAGAAGUUGGCGUUAUCUGUACUCCCCGUAGCCAGUCCUUCGAGUAGCAAAUAUUCAGACUCUUUGGAGUGUAAUAUUUUGGAAACAGCACUAAAUGUUGUUUCUAAUUCCUCAGAGGGAAGUCCAUCCAGAACUAUGGCUACACCACUUACUCACCUGGUGCAAACUCUGAGACCUUUACCAACUCGUGGGAAUAAUGAAGUCUUCAUACUGGUUAGAUCCGCGCCUGUAUUGGGAGGUGCUGCUCGAAUAGGACCUGAAAACGAGAGGUCGAUCAGAAGGAAUACCUGGCAGCAAGAGAUCCGAUAA